GUCGUAAGUGUGUUGAAUGACGUAGAACAGCCCUCAGUCGUGCUUCAUACACGUGUGGAGCUAGUUUGUGGAUAGAUAGGAUUUUAGGGAAUCACAGUACCAAAAUUCGAAAUUUCGAAAGGUCCUGCUAACUGUUUGCGUCGCUGACGAUCCUUUUACAGAGGAGUCUUUGGUUGCGGAAUAUUUCGGUAUCAGAGCAACAAUGAUGAAGUACAUCCUAGUAACUGGAGGAGUCAUCUCAGGUAUCGGCAAAGGCAUCAUUGCAAGCAGUGUGGGCACGAUCCUCAAGUCAUGUGGCCUGCAUGUGACUGCAAUUAAGAUUGACCCUUACAUCAACAUAGAUGCAGGCACUUUUUCGCCCUAUGAGCACGGUGAAGUAUUUGUGCUGGAUGAUGGGGGCGAGGUUGAUUUGGAUCUGGGGAAUUAUGAACGCUUCCUCGACAUCCGGCUGACAAGAGACAACAACCUAACCACGGGCAAGAUCUACCAGUCAGUCAUCAACAAGGAGAGGAGGGGAGACUACUUGGGCAAGACUGUGCAGGUGGUGCCACACAUCACAGAUGCAAUCCAGGAAUGGGUUAUGAAACAGGCACAAGUGCCAGUUGAUGAUGACGAUAUAGAACCUCAAGUGUGUGUAAUUGAGCUGGGAGGGACUGUCGGAGACAUAGAGAGCAUGCCAUUCAUCGAGGCCUUCAGGCAGUUCCAGUUUAAAGUGAAGAGGGAGAAUUUCUGUAACAUUCAUGUCAGUUUGAUACCACAGCCCAGCGCAACAGGAGAGCAAAAGACCAAACCGACACAGAACAGUGUGAGAGAGCUGAGAGGCCUAGGCUUGUCUCCUGAUCUGAUCAUGUGCCGCUGUACAACUGCGCUGGAGAACUCUGUCAAGGAAAAGAUCUCAAUGUUCUGCCACGUGGAGCCUCAGCAGGUCAUCUGUGUGCACGAUGUGUCAUCUAUCUACAGAGUGCCAUUACUGCUGGAAGAUCAGGGUGUGGUGAGCUACUUGAGCAGGAGACUGAAUAUGCCAAUAGAGACCAGACCAAGGAAGAUGCUGACUAAAUGGAAGGAGAUGUCUGACAGGUCAGACAGACUGCUAGAGCACUGCUCUAUCGCACUGGUGGGGAAGUACACAAAGUUCUCAGACUCCUAUGCUUCUGUUAUAAAGGCUCUCGAACACUCUGCACUCGCCAUCAGCCACAAGUUGGAGGUUAAGUAUAUAGACUCUGCUAAUUUGGAGCCAAGCACUCUGCAGGAGGACCCAGUGAAAUACCACGAGGCGUGGCAAAAACUCUGCAGCUCUGAUGGCAUCCUGGUUCCUGGAGGUUUUGGUGUGAGGGGAACUGAAGGAAAGAUUCAUGCCAUCAACUGGGCCAGGAAACAGAAAAAACCCUUCCUCGGUGUGUGUCUUGGAAUGCAGCUGGCUGUAUGCGAGUUUGCCAGGAACGUGCUCGGCUGGACAGAUGCCAACUCGACUGAAUUUGACCCGGAAACAAAGCAUCCUGUGGUGAUUGAUAUGCCAGAACACAACCCCGGACAGAUGGGUGGCACCAUGAGGCUUGGGAAAAGACGGACCAUUUUCCAAACCACCAACAGCACACUGCGAAAGCUCUAUGGAGAUGCAGAGUAUGUGGAUGAAAGGCACAGACAUCGAUUUGAGGUCAAUCCUGAGCUUAAGAGCCACUUUGAUGAGAAGGGCUUCCGGUUCGUAGGUCAGGAUGUGGAAGGAGAGAGGAUGGAGGUCAUUGAGCUUGAUGAUCACCCAUAUUUUGUUGGUGUGCAGUACCAUCCCGAGUUCACUUCACGCCCCAUCAAGCCAUCACCCCCCUACCUUGGUUUGUUGCUUGCUGCUGGUGGGAAGCUGCAGAGCUACUUGCAGAAAGGCUGCCGUCUAUCUCCACGGGACACAUACAGCGAUCAGAGCGGCAGCAGCACACCAGACUCCGAGAUAUCAGAACUGAAACUUCCUUCACUCUCCAAUGAAUGACCCAUCUGUGGAAGAUAUCUUAAUUAAGUGUCCUACCAUCAGUUGUCUCAAGUGUUGGAAAACUGUACUGUUCACAGAUAGGGCUGGCAUUUCCUAGAGUACAGAAGUGACUACAGGCAGCUGCAGAUUAAGUUAUGGGACUUUCAGCUCUAAACUACGCUCAUGAAACGAACACCACUGAAAACCCAUAGUGUUUAAAUAAAAUUUAAACUGUUACUAUUCA